AUGCUGGAUCGCUGCUACUACAAAGCUGUAAAUUGCGAGACACAACAUGACCAUCACCCUGCUAUAAGCACAAGUCUGAGGGUGGCACCACUGAACUACAUUGCGGUGCCCACUGAGUCAUUUUGUGCCAACAAGAGUAUGGUUGUCGUUAUUCAUGUAAAGUCAGAUGACGUACUCACUCGAAAUACAUUGCGUAGAACAUACGGAGAUAAACGACUGGUGGAAAAAUUCAGUUACAGUCUUCUCUUUUCCGUCGGCAGGGCGGGAGGCCCAGAGGAACAAGAGCUCUUGAGAGAGGAAGCUCGACUUAAUGGAGACAUUCUUCAGACAGACGUUGUCGAUGCUUACAGAAAGUUAACAUACAAGGUUUCCGCUGAAACCAUGCAGUUAUGCAUGGUUUCAGCGGAAACCGCCAUGCAGUUACGCAGAAGUAUAGAGAGUUUCACAUUUUCAAUUUAA